GCCCCCUGUACUAAAACGAUUAAAGAUUCGGUCUGGCUGUCCUCUCUACCAUAAUUUUCAAAACUCCAUAUUCAACACUUUCUUUCUUUCCUUUCAUCUUCUUAGGUCUUCCGUACUCACACCUGAGAGAGCACAUUUGGAGUCAGUUUGCAAGAAUCCCCUUUAAUCGUUAGUCUCUUUUCGACACCGAGACAUUCUCCAACGGGCAUCUACCCACGAAGCUCCGACCGAUUACGAAUCCCCAAUUUCGUGCCUCUCUGUUUGCGCAUCUCUACCAUCAGGAGCACGAUAAGAAAUUGCAUUUCUUUGACCGAGAACAAUCGCAAUCAUGGAUGACAAGAAGAACGAAGAUCUCGAGAUGCGCAAUUUCAAUGGGCGUUCGUCCCCAUCUCAACGCGAUCCUUUUCUAGCCAAGCCAGGGGCAGCAGCCAAAAGAGGAAAUUCUGCCUUCGACCUCUCCAAUGUUACGAAUAGUCCAGGGAUAUCUAUUCUUGCCUACUGUUUGGCAUCGAUUUCUAUGACCGUGACCAACAAGUACUGUGUCUCGGGUUCAAACUGGAAUUUGAACUUCUUCUAUCUCGCUAUUCAGUCUGUUGUAUGUAUCAUUGCGAUUAUCAUCUGCAAGCAAGCGGGAUUGAUCACAAAUCUUGCUCCAUUCGACACCAAGAAGGCGAAGACAUGGUUUCCCAUCUCACUUCUUCUCGUCGGCAUGAUCUACACCAGUACCAAAGCCCUUCAAUUCCUCUCCGUUCCUGUGUAUACCAUCUUCAAGAACUUGACAAUCAUUGUGAUCGCAUAUGGUGAGGUUUUGUGGUUUGGAGGAAGCGUCACUCCUUCUGCUCUCUUCUCGUUCGGUCUUAUGGUCCUCAGUUCUGUCGUUGCUGCGUGGGCUGAUAUCCAACACGCUUUGUAUGGAGGUGGUGCUGCACAAUCCGCAGAGGCUGCUGCUGCUCUCUCUACAUUGAAUGCUGGAUAUGCGUGGAUGGGCAUGAACGUUUUCUGCACUGCAGCAUACGUUCUAUCUAUGCGUAAGGUUAUCAAGAAGAUGAACUUCAAGGAUUGGGACACUAUGUUCUACAACAACCUUCUCACCAUUCCUGUCCUCUUCGUUUGCUCCUUCAUUUUCGAAAACUGGUCAUCCGAGAACCUCACCAAGAACUUCCCACUUGAGACCCGAAACAACCUCAUUCUCGGCAUGAUCUACUCUGGUCUUGCUACUAUCUUCAUUUCAUACUGCUCUGCUUGGUGUAUCCGUGUCACUUCCUCCACAACCUACUCGAUGGUUGGUGCUCUCAACAAGUUGCCAAUCGCUGUCAGUGGUCUCGUUUUCUUCGCAGCCCCUGUCACAUUCGGAAGUGUAUCUGCCAUCUUCAUCGGUUUCGUCAGUGGCAUCGUGUAUGCAUGGGCAAAGGUUAGACAAAACCAAUCGAAGGGAAAUAUCCUUCCCACAACACAACCAGUUAUGAGCGCCAGUUCCCAGAGCAAUCGCGAUGCUGCAAAGGCAUAAAUAAGUGCCGGCACUCUUAAUCAAAUGGGUUCAUGACUUGACCCAUCAAUAGUACCUCAUUUUGAGUGCUUUUAAUCUAAAAUAUGAAGCACGAUCUAGAGAAUGACUGACGGCCUCGGCAAGACGGCUCUCUGUGGCCAGUCUUCACAUCCGAAUCGAGGAAAAUUGGAGCAGGGUUUGGAGAUAUAUAUUUGUAUUAUACACUUUUUAUUGUUGGACGUACGUUAGAUGGAAAGAAUUUCCCGAGAUUCUUGACAAGCAGGUCUUCUUUUACACACCUUUCAACCUCAUGCAUAACUUCUAGGGUCUGAGAUUUUCUGAGUCAUGGCGUAUGUAUGGGACAUGAUGCGUUCAUGAGCAAUGGAUAAUAGAAUUCGUAGUGUUUUAGGAAUCCCAAAAGUAUGUUAAUAUACUUUAGUUGUGUGUGUGACAGUGAUAUGGCUUUUCUGGGUUGUGUGUCAUGUUAAUUCCUAAAGGCAUUCUUGAACAACUAAUGACAGAAUUGACGAAAUCUAACAUGAUAGCGUACAAUCAAUUGUUUGCCCA